AUGCUCUCGGUUCUCAAAUCGAUUCUGGACGUCGGUAUCAGCUUCACUCCGACUGGCGAUUUUCUCAAAGCAGCAAAGGCAGCCGUGCAGGGCGCAAAAACCUUCUCCGAGAACGGGCUAGAAGUAGGCUCAUUCUUCGGCAACUGGGUUGGGCCUGCCUGCGGCAAGCAAGAUUGGAACUUUGAUGUAGAAGGUGUCGGCUACGCCGGCAGAAAAGACGACACACGCCCCAACGAGUACCUUGAACGAAGCAUGUCAGCUCAGGGCGAGACAGCCGAACACAAAUCUGGGGGUCUGGGAGGAUCAAUGAUGGAUAUCCACAAAGCGACCAAAUCCAUGACUGAAUGGACUUGCGGAGCAACAGCCAACACUGGCCUCGAUGGUGGAGCUACUGAAACUUGGGGCGUGGCGGCGGUCAAGACUCUUGCGAAGAAGGAAGAACACUGGGUUUGGCCUUGGGCAAACGGAUGGGUUCUGCGGGUCCUUCGAGUCGACACCAAAGGUAAACCCAAGCUGGACAGGUAUGGACACGAGAUGGCCGAUGGGUGCGACAGAGACGAGUGGCCUCCUCGCAACUUUUGGCCCGGUGACGAUGUAGCCCAUCCCAAAGGCAUGACGCAAAGAGUUCGGUUCAACCCGUUUCAACACAACAGAGGAGCCGGCAAUCUGUGGGGUAACUUUUGUCCCAAGCAUGAUGCGGUGUCUACAAAAGGCAACAAAAAGGGCAAGAAAACGUAUUAUGUGAGAGACUACCUCAUCAGUACUGUGAAGGAAAAGGUGCAAGUUAUCACUGGAAAGGACAAGACGAUGACUCGCAUUACGACUGUGUCGGUCCAAACUCCCAGAGCAAUCUUUUCCAUAGAUGAUUGGGAUGGGUUGAGAAAAGACACUGACUGGUACGGUUUAAAGGAGAACCCAUGUUGGCCAAAGGAUCUGGUUCCAGAUGACCCAGGCUGGGUCCUUAACACAGCGGAUGAGUUUUACAGCCAAGGUCAGCACCCCGACUUGGCAAAACACACCAAAAGUUACAGGGGUUUGCCCGACCUUCAGGUGUUGAAGAAUGCCUUGGCAAAACAUGGUGGAAGUCCCCCACACCCGUUCAGCAAGGUCGACCUCAACGUGUGGGACACGAAGAAAAGGAUCAAGAUGGGCGAUAAGGAGGGCGAGAUUCCGAAAGAAUACCGUGGAGUGCUUCCCGGAAACCCCAAACCCAAGAAGCGAAGGAUGUUGUUCGAGGAGAGUCGCCGAGACAAUGGGACCGACUUUGAGCAGGAUGAUGAGCCUUUGGAUGAAGAUGAAGAUGAGGGUGCAUUUGACGAAUGGGAGAAUUGGAAAGAGUACGAACGUCUUCUGAGGAGGGCUCAUUUUGAGCUGGCUUCGAGGACAACGCCUCAGAGGACGGAAGCAGAGGCAACUCCUGCGGGCCAAGGUGAUGCCACGCCCACUCCUGCUGCACAAGGCUCCGCAGUCGCGAAUGAGUGGCCUUUGCCCACAAAUUAG